AAUUAACAGCAAGCAAGAACGAAGACAGAUUGAUAGGAUCAACCCCUCCCCUCACACCCCACAUCCACAUCAUUCACGUUGUUGUUUUCACUACAUAUCUUCUUCCUUCUUCUAGGUUACAUCUGUGAAAUCAGUCACCAAUCCUCUUCAAACCCUAACUCAACAUGCCGUCUGCUUACGGUGCUCGAUUGACGACCUUUGAAGAUUCCGAGAAGGAAAGCGAGUGUGGAUACGUUCGCAAGGUAUCAGGGCCUGUUGUCAUCGCAGAUGGAAUGGCAGGGGCUGCUAUGUAUGAACUUGUUCGUGUUGGACAUGACAACCUUAUUGGAGAAAUCAUCCGUUUGGAGGGAAAUUCUGCCACAAUUCAAGUUUAUGAAGAAACCGCUGGGCUGAUGGUGAAUGAUCCUGUUUUGAGGACACACAAGCCUCUAUCUGUGGAGUUGGGCCCUGGAAUAUUGGGAAAUAUAUUUGAUGGUAUCCAGAGACCUCUGAAAACUAUUGCAAAAAGGUCUGGUGAUGUCUACAUUCCUCGUGGUGUAUCUGUCCCAGCACUUGACAAAGAUAUACUUUGGGAAUUUCAGCCUAAAAAAAUUGGUGAGGGAGAUCUUGUAACAGGUGGAGAUCUAUACGCUACCGUGUUUGAGAACAGUUUGGUUGAACACCGCAUUGCUCUACCUCCUGAUGCCAUGGGAAAAAUAACCUAUAUCGCACCAGCUGGUCAAUACUCGUUGAAGGACACUGUCUUGGAGCUUGAGUUUCAAGGUGUCAAAAAGAAAUAUACCAUGCUUCAGACUUGGCCUGUACGUACACCUCGCCCUGUUGCAUCAAAGCUUGCUGCUGAUACCCCUCUUCUUACUGGACAGCGUGUUCUUGAUGCCCUUUUCCCUUCGGUGCUCGGUGGGACAUGUGCCAUUCCUGGUGCGUUUGGCUGUGGGAAAACAGUUAUUAGUCAAGCACUGUCUAAGUACUCAAAUUCAGACACUGUUGUUUAUGUUGGUUGCGGGGAAAGAGGAAAUGAAAUGGCAGAAGUGCUCAUGGAUUUUCCUCAAUUGACUAUGACAUUGCCGGAUGGCCGUGAAGAAUCUGUCAUGAAACGUACCACACUUGUGGCCAAUACUUCUAACAUGCCUGUGGCUGCUCGUGAGGCUUCAAUUUAUACAGGAAUUACCAUAGCUGAAUACUUCCGAGACAUGGGCUACAAUGUAAGUAUGAUGGCAGACUCUACCUCACGUUGGGCAGAAGCAUUGCGUGAAAUUUCUGGUCGUCUGGCAGAAAUGCCCGCAGAUAGUGGUUAUCCUGCUUAUCUGGCUGCACGUUUGGCAUCCUUUUAUGAACGUGCUGGUAAAGUAAAGUGUCUAGGUGGACCAGAACGUGACGGUAGUGUCACAAUUGUAGGUGCUGUCUCUCCUCCUGGAGGAGAUUUCUCAGAUCCUGUUACAUCUGCUACACUCAGUAUUGUUCAGGUUUUCUGGGGUCUAGAUAAGAAGCUUGCCCAAAGGAAACAUUUUCCUUCUGUUAACUGGCUUAUUUCCUACUCAAAGUACUCAACGGCUCUAGAAUCGUUUUACGAGAAGUUUGAUUCAGAUUUCAUCGACAUUAGGACAAAGGCCCGUGAAGUUCUGCAGAGAGAAGAUGAUCUUAAUGAAAUUGUCCAGCUGGUGGGAAAAGAUGCUUUAGCUGAAACAGAUAAAAUUACCUUAGAGACUGCAAAACUUUUAAGGGAAGACUAUCUUGCUCAAAACGCAUUCACACCAUAUGAUAAGUUCUGCCCCUUCUACAAAUCUGUUUGGAUGAUGCGCAAUAUUAUUCAUUUCUACAAUUUAGCCAAUCAGGCGGUAGAGCGAGGAGCGGGAAUGGAUGGCCAGAAGAUCACUUACACGCUAAUCAAGCAUCGGUUGGGUGAUCUAUUCUACCGCUUGGUGUCUCAGAAGUUUGAAGACCCAGCUGAAGGGGAAGAUGUUCUUAUCGGGAAAUUCAAGAAAUUAAAUGACGAUCUUACUGCUGGUUUCCGCAACCUUGAGGAUGAAACUCGGUAAACGAAGAAAGACGUAAUGAUCAAGUUAUGUGAUGAUGAAACCGAGUGGCGGUUUUCGUCUCUCAAGUCGGUUUUGAGGAAGGUGUGUUGUUUCUCAGUGCAUAAAGAUUAGUUUGAUUUAUUUAUUUUUCAAAGGAUGUUUUAAUGUCAUUUUGUGUUGUGUAGCUAUAAUUAUUUUCUGCAUCCUUUGGGCAUAUUUUGUGUCUUGAGAGUUGAAAUAAGCAGAGAACCGAACAGCAUGUAGGUUGUUACUAUAAAGAACUGAUGUUUAUGGUACUGUUGGCUUUUUUUUUUACCUAUCAAUAUGAAUAAAUGGUGAAUGAAACAA